AUGAAUGUCGUCAAACUUGAAACCUUUCCUAUUACUCUCACCGGAGAUGCCGAAGAUUGGUUCAAUGAUCUUCCCGAGAAUUCAAUCACUACUUGGGAUCAACUCAAAGAAGCUUUUAUUGGAGAGUUUUAUUCGGUUAGAACUCAAAGGCAAUUGGAGAACUUGAUAAGGUCCUUUGUGCAAGAAGAUGGGGAAGAUGUUGUUGAUGCAUGGAUCCAAUUCAAGGAAAUGUUGAGAAAUUGUCCAGGACAUGAGUUGACUAAGGAGAAGAAUGUGGAAUUGUUCUUUGAUGGUUUGAAUAAGGGUUCUAAAAGAGAGAUGGAGUAUGCUUUCGGUGGAAGUUUUAGCAAGAUCACUCCAAAUGAAGGUUAUGACAUUUUGGAGCGUAUGGUGAAAGAUAAUGCGGCCAUGGAUGAUAAAAGUUUUUUGGAGAAUGAAGGCCGAUUUAAGGAAAGUAAGGUUGCAAGAGCAGAUGUAAGCAACAGUUCUAAUGUCAUUGAUGAGAUACAAGCUUUGUCUGCACGAAUGGAUAAAGGUUUUGCUAAUCAAGAAUCACGGUUUGGUUAUCUUGAACGUGAUGUGAAGGUCCUUGAUGAUGGGUGUGAUCACUGUGGAGAGACACACUAUUCUGAAGAGUGUUCCAACCGGGGACCUGAAGAUCCACAGCAACAGGAGACUCAACAAAGCCAUGGAUCGGGUUCUUCCUCUUCUACUACCGAUCCUAAUGCCGAGUUGAGAGAAAUGAUGAAGCAGAUGAUGAGCAAUCAGAUGGAGACAAACACAAGUAUCCAGAAUAUAAGAGAGGAUACUAGGCAGUUGAGUGAGAGGCUGGACAGGAUCAAUGGUAAAGUGGAGAUGAAUGCCAAAAAUCAGGAUAUCAAUUUUAAGGAUCUUGAAAGUAGGAUGGCUACUAUCACUAGGCCCCAGGGUGCGUUGCCUAGUAACACUCAGCAGAAUCCGAAGCAGAAUCAAGGGUCCAACAAUGGUCAGAAGUACACUCCACCGCCUGUUCGUCAGGAGCAAGCGAAGGCCAUUACUACCCGUACAGUUGGUUUGAUACAGGGAAUGCCAAACUAUGCAAAGUUUAUUAAGGAACUUGUGACGGAUAAAGCAAGGAUGGAUGAGGUGAAUGUAGCGUAUUUGAAUGCCGAGUGUUCUGCUAUCUUGCAGAACCAACAGAUUCCACCCAAGCUUGAGGAUCUAGGGAGUUUCCUUAUCACUUGUUCUAUUCGUACUUUGACUUGUAAGGCACUUGCCGAUUUAGGUGCUAGUAUAAACUUGAUGCCUUACUCGGUAUGGAAUAAGGAAAUCUCUUUGGGUGUGGGUACUGAUAGAAUUGUGUUUAAUGUUGAAAGGAUUGAUGUCGUUGAUGAUGCUUUGGAUCAGGAGUUUGAAGCAUUGAUGGAGACUGAGGUUGAUGAAGAGCUCACUUGUUUAGGAGCUAGUGACAUUGAUGAUGAUGAGCUGUUCAAAUGUGGUGUGAAGCGGAUUGAGGAUGCCAUCGGAGUUGAUAAGAGGAAACAAUUUGAAGAGGGCCAAGGAAGCGGGUCGGCUCAAAAGCAGGCCAAGGCAACAAGGGAGGCGUUUGAAGCGCCUACACUUAAGUUCUGGCCUGAGCAAUUGAAUGAGAAACAUCCGUGGCUCGAAUUCAGCAGGGUGAAACAACCCCAAAAGAACAACUUCCUUAACGAGUUGUACUCCAUCCAUAAGGAGGUGGUUUGCCCUCCUAGGUAUUUUGCUCCUACUGCAGCUCAACAUUUUGGCAUUCAAGCCGAUAUUAAUGGAUGGUUCAGAAUAGAAGCUUAA